GAAAAGGAGGAGAGAUGACACGCGUGCCGGGCGCACGACGAUUGAUUAGGGUCAUCCCCGCGGCAACCAAUGGGCAAACACAAAUAAAACCGGCGGACACCCUGGAGCGACUCCGCGGAGCGUCCUCAGUAGACAGCUGACCGGUUUCUACACGCAAUAUCCGCUUUGAGUUUUCGACGUGCAUCACGGCGAAUCCCGAAAGAGAAAGAAACAAAAAUAGAGAGCGAGAAAAAGAGAGAGAGAGAGAGAGAGAAUCACCCGGGGAGGAAGCAGCCCGAUGCCAUAACUGCGACUACGUUUCCACCCUCGAGCCGUAACUGGACCGCGAAGGCCGCGCUUCCACCCCGGCGUCCUACUUCUCUCACACACGCCGCUCGCUCGUUCGUUCACUCGGAGACCGAACUAACGAUAUCGAGCUCGAUAUAAGCGCAGUUACGCUUAAUCGCGCCGGAAGUACUCCGGAGUCGCUCGCUCCGAAGGAAGCGGCGGACUUUCGCCGAACGCCCCCACCCCCCGUGUCGUUUGACGAAGGGUGGAAUACUGAUAAGUGAUAUCGCGCCGGGCGAGAAUCCGUUGUAGCGAGAAUCCCGGAGAGUAUUUCCCGAUCAUCUUCGGCCGUUUUCCCGGAGAGAACGCCGAGUCCCCGCGCGAGUUUCACGGACGAGCGAUCAUGGCGUUCGGCGGUCGUGUCGUCGGUAUUUGUUUGCUGCACGUUCUAUCAGCGGUUUUCACGGUCCACGGGGUGGAGGACAUGUCGGGCGACAAGCAGAAGCCGCAGACGCAGUCGAGGCCGGUGAAUCUCUUUAUAAUUAAUGGCGUGAAGAACGAGAUCGCCAACGCGAGCGUGACGAACGCCCUGAAGACUCUGCGGGAGAAGUUUCCGAGUUAUCUGGGCCGGGUGUCGACGGUGCAGAUUAACGAGACCGAUGUCGGCGAAAUCAUGGACAACAUAUGCCAGACUUGGAGUUCGGCCAUCAGCCAGGGUGGCUCCACAGUCCCCGACUUGGUCCUGGAUGUGUCCACGGCCGGUGUGAGCGCCGAAGUCGCCAGCUCGAUUACCGCCUCUUUCGGACUGCCGACCUUGUCCGCUCAGUACGGGCAAGAGAACGAUAUCCAGUACUGGAGGAACCUGGAUGUCGAUCAGAGGAAUUACCUGAUCCAGGUGAUGCCGCCGGCUGACCUGGUGCCGGAGGCGAUCCGGCAGCUGGCGAUCCUCCUGAACAUCACCAAUGCCGCCAUCAUCUUCGACAAGAACUUCGUGAUGAAUCACAAAUACAAGAGCCUGCUGCUCAACGUGCCCACGAGACACGUCAUCAACGAGAUGGAGGCUUCGAUCGACGCGUCGCGGCUUCAGUUAAUGGGACUACGGGAUCUCGACGUGGUGAACUACUUCCUGCUUGGCGACGGCGACUCCGUCAAUGUGGUGUUGGACAGCGGCGAGUCGUUGAGCUUCACCGGCAGCAAGUACGGCUGGUUCGUCUUGAGCUUGGACGACGAGAUGUGGCCGAGCUGCUCAUGCGAGAACAUCACGGUGCUGUUCUUGAAGCCACAGCCGCCGGCAGCCGCGGACGACAAGAAUCAGGCGGAAUUCGCGGCGAGGGCGAGCUUGCCGAGACCGCUUCUCAGCUCCGCCUUCUACUACGACCUCACCUUGUUGGGCGUCAGGGCGAUGAAGUCGGCCCUGGACAGCGGUGAAUGGCCGUUGGAGCCGCAUCAUAUCGAUUGCGACAGCUACAAUGGCACGAAUCGACCUACGAGGGGCUUGGACCUGCUCUCGAAACUCGUGGCGAUCUCGAAGGACAUGACGCCGACGUACGCUGGCAUCACUUGGGGCACGAAGAACGGCGAGCAUCACGCGACGUUCACCAUGAACAUGUAUAUGACAAACAUCGAGCGCGAGAAGCUCGUGUCCAAGGUGGAGAGCGGGGUCUGGCAUGCGGGCAUCGAGUCACCCUUGCAGGUCACCAACGAAGGCAUGAUGAACAACACCGCGGUGACGAGUUACCGGGUGAUAACCUUGCAACACCCGCCCUUCGUCAUGUACAACAACGAGACCAAUCAGUGGUACGGCUUCUGCAUCGACCUGCUGGACGCGAUCCGCGAGACCGUGCCGUUCGAGUACGAGAUACGGGAGGCCGAGGACCAGAGCUACGGGGCGUUGAGCGAGAACGGUAGCUGGAACGGCAUGAUCCGCGAGCUGAUCGAGAAGCGGUCCGACAUAGCGCUCGGCUCGCUCUGGGUGAUGGCCGAGCGGGAGAAGGUCGUGGACUUCACCGUACCGUACUACGACCUGGUCGGGCUGACGAUCAUGAUGCAGAAGACGAAGACGUCGACGUCCCUCUUCAAGUUCCUUACCGUGCUGGAGAACGAGGUCUGGCUGUGCAUACUGGCCGCGUACUUCUUCACCAGCUUCCUCAUGUGGGUGUUCGACCGUUGGUCGCCGUACAGCUAUCAGAACAACCGGGAGAAGUACAAGGACGACGAAGAGAAGAGGGAGUUCAACCUGCGCGAGUGCUUCUGGUUCUGCAUGACCUCGUUGACGCCGCAGGGCGGCGGCGAGGCGCCGAAGAACCUGUCGGGAAGAUUGGUGGCCGCCACGUGGUGGCUCUUCGGCUUCAUCAUCAUCGCGUCUUACACGGCCAACUUGGCCGCGUUCCUCACCGUCUCCAGGCUGGAGAUACCGAUCGAGACCUUGGAGGAUCUCAGCAAGCAGUAUAAGAUACAAUACGCUCCCACGCUCAACUCGCCGGCGUUCACCUACUUCCGCAGGAUGGCGGACAUCGAGGCGCGGUUUUACGAAAUCUGGAAAGACAUGAGCCUGAACGACAGCCUGUCCGACGUGGAGAGAGCGAAACUGGCCGUGUGGGACUAUCCGGUUAGCGACAAGUACACGAAGAUGUUCCAGGCGAUGAAGGAGGCCGGCUUCCCGGCCGACAUCAACGAUGCGCUCAAGCGAAUUCGGCGCGAAGGCUCGUACGCGAACAACGAGUUCGCUUAUAUCGGCGACGCGUCGACCAUCAAGUAUCUCUCCAUGACGAACUGCGAUCUGGCCCAAGUGGGGGAGGAAUUCUCGAGGAAGCCGUACGCUAUCGCCGUCCAGCAGGGCUCCGCGCUCAAGGAUCAAUUUAACAACGCGAUCCUCAUACUGUUGAACAAGAGGAGACUGGAGAAGUUGAAGGACAAGUGGUGGAAGUACAACCCCGAGAAGAAAAACUGCGACCUGGAGAAUGAUCAGAGCGACGGCAUCAGUAUCCACAAUAUCGGCGGCGUGUUCCUCGUCAUCUUCGUCGGCAUCGUCUUCGCUUGCUUCACGUUGGCGAUCGAGUAUUGGUACUACCGGCAUCGGUCGAAAGUCAGCGAUCUGCAGAAAAGCGCCUCGCCCAAGACGAAGAUCAUGAAGGCGGUGAAACCGAUCAGGCUCAAUCUACACCCCGCCCCGACGCACGGUGUACAACCUUCGCAGAGAUCGCGAUUCUAGAUUCUACAUUCGGACCCGUUCGGGGAAUCGCUCGCGUGGAAACAUAGAGCAAGAGAUUAUAACUGUGUAGAGUUUAUUGCACGAAGAAAUACAUGUGUUUUCAGGCGUAUUGAUGUCUCUUUUUUUUUUCCUUUUCUGGUUUCUGUUUACACCAAUGAGACCAGACAGACUCACGAAUGUUUUUCUCAGUUAGCGCGACGGUAAAGUGAUCAUUGCGAAGUACCAAGUCCUGACAGGUCGAUCUGUGUAUCUUUUAUACCGAGAAUUACGCGCACACGUAUUUGAUCGGAUAAUUUUAUCACGAGAAACGGUAAAGGUGCUUCCUCGAUUUUCGGGUGCACAAAGAACGAAGAAAUAACUGCAGGAGGGGAGAACUGGAAAGGUACAAUUUAAGCAUAUACACGAUCUUCACAUUUGCAGUGCCUUUAUUGGAUUUCUCCGUACAAUCCGCAUAAUUCGCCAGUCGCGUCUCUUUCUUUCUCGCAUUAUUCUCCGAAGGUAUAGCCAUUCGUGAAUGGCAUCCUUUCGACGCGUUAACACUUUUUGUUUUGAACGUACGCUCGGCAUCUGCAACCUAGUAACACUUCUCGCGUACCCGUCGCGGGGUAAGCAUGUCCUCAAAUUACACGAUUUUUUUUUCUUUUAUACAUACGUUCUCAAUUAUCCUGUCUCGGGGGGAGCACAGGAAAAGCAUCGGAUACAGGGAGAUUUGGAGCAUCGGGAUAAGGGAA